UAGACUAGCCUCUGUGUGUUCGAAGGCACAUACUGACCACAGUGCUUCCUGGGGCCCUGGACUUUGGCUCUUUGCAGACUUUGCCCUGCCUGGGCCGGCCAGGCUCUGGGUCAGCAUGGCUGGCUGCAUCUUGCUGCUCCGGGGCUUCAUUCUCUCCUUCAUCCUUACCCUCGCCCUGCACCAGGUGGAGCUUUCCGUGUUUCUUCCAGCCUCCAAGGCAAACACCAUUCUGCUGCGGAGAUGGAGGCGAGCCAGUUCUUACCUCCUGGAAGAGCUCUUCCAGGGAAAUUUGGAGAAGGAGUGUUAUGAGGAAAUCUGCAACUACGAGGAGGCAAGAGAAGUGUUUGAAAAUGACGUCAGCACGGACGGGUUCUGGAAACAGUACAGGGGUGGCUCUCCGUGUGUCUCCCAGCCCUGCCUCAACAACGGGACAUGCGAGGACCACAUCCGCAGUUACAGCUGCACCUGCUCCCCCGGCUAUGAGGGCAAGACCUGUGCAAUGGCUAAAAAUGAAUGUCACCUAGAGAGGACGGAGGGAUGCCAGCAUUUCUGCCACCCAGGGGAGUCAUCCUAUGUGUGCAGUUGUGCGAAGGGCUACAAACUGGGCAAGGAUCACAGAUCGUGCAGUCCAAGUGACAAAUGUGCCUGCGGGGCCCUGACUUCCGAACACAUGAGAACGACAAAAAGCUGCCAGAGUCUGCCUAGCUUCCCGUGGCAGGUCAGAUUAACAAAUUCCAAAGGAGAAGACUUCUGUGCUGGGGUGUUACUACAGGACGACUUCGUGUUGACAACAGCAAAGUGUUCCUUACUGUACAGCAACAUUAGUGUAAAAGCAAAUGCGGACCAAAGGAUCAGGAUCAAGAGCACCCACGUGCACAUGCGUUAUGACAAGGAGUCGGGGGAGAACGAUGUCUCACUGCUGGAGCUGGAGAAGCCCUUGCAGUGUCCCAGCUCAGGGCUCCCCGUCUGUGUUCCAGAGAGGGACUUUGCAGAGCAUGUCCUCAUCCCUGGAACGGAGGGUCUCCUCAGUGGCUGGAUGCUUAAUGGCACAGAGCUGGAUACCACACCGAUGAUGCUGCCAGUCACACAAGCAGAUGGGGAGGAAUGUGGACAGAUCCUGAAUGUAACCGUCACUACAAGGACAAGCUGUGAGGCGGGCAGUGUGGAGAUGGGGCUUUGGGUGGAAGGAAGUGUGGUGACCCGUGAACACAAGGGUACCUGGUUCCUCACAGGGAUCCUAGGUUCAUCACCACCACCAGGGCAAUCACGCAUGCUUCUCCUCACCACAGUCCCAAGAUACUCCAUGUGGUUUAAACAGAUCAUGAAGUAGCAAAAUCCAACAACAUGGUUGCCAGGCAGUCGAAUCCUGUCACAGUUAGCACUGAAAGAUGACCACUUGGUCCUUGGGACUUUACAUUUUCUUUACUCUUGAGAAUUUCAUACACACAUACAAUGAAAUGUGACCACACCUACGCCCCAUUUCCCUUCUCCAACUCCAUUUACAUUUCUCUCAAUGUGUUCCCUCCCCUGCCUUUUCUCUUCUGAGAAUCCACUAAGUUCAUUUAGCGCUACCUCUGUGUGUAUGGUAUGGAGCCAUCCACUGGAGCACCCUCAGAACCACACAAUUUUCCCUCCCUCAACAGCCAUCAACUGCCAACAGCUCCUCAGUGGGGAGUGUGGCAGGAGCACCCCCAUCUGUCAGAAUCUCGUCUGGUUUGGUCUUGUGCAGUCUUGAACAGGUCACCCCAGCUGCUGAGCCUGUCCUGAGCAGAAGGUGUUUCUCACAUCCCUCCCACCUCUCAUCCAUAUGCUCGUCCCCAUUCUCUUUGACAAUUUCCCCUAAGCCGUGGUGGAGGUGGAGGUGUGGGUGCAAGAGAAUGGGAGAGUUAGGGCCUGUUGAUUAAGAUGUUGCACUCAGGACUGAGACCCAGCCCCACCACUCUUAAGGCUUCGACUAACUAUGGAUCUUUGCAUUAACUGUGGCCCAUUAUGAAAAGAAGUUUCUCUGAGCAAAGCUGCCAACAGUCCAGCUCUAUGGGUAUGAGCAUAACUAUUUAGGAGGUAAUUUUUAACAUGACCAUUUAGCAAAAUGACACUAGCAGCUUCUACCCUAGGCCUGUGGCCUUCCCAUUCACAAGCUUUUGGCCAAGAGUAUAGCUUCAGGUGUGGAAUGCCUGGGAAGCUAGCCUCAGAAUCAACCAGAAAGCAGCUAUGUACCCCAUAAUAGCUCUACCACGACUGCACCGGUGUACACAUCUUGCCUGGCAUGUCAGUGUUGUGGAUGAGGGUCCAGGACUGGGUAAGACCAUUGUUGCCUUUGCUGUGGCUGUAGCUAGCACAGGCCCUCUGGUCCUAUGAAAGCUAGCCCGCAAGGAGUUUCCUUGGUAAUUUUAAUCUAAACAGAGGCCUUAAGGGAAAAAAUAGUUUUUGUGAAAUCAAAUCAAUGUCAGUCAUAAAUCGUCUGAGUUACUGAGUGGAGCUGAGUGGAAAGAGGCUGUGAACACACAUGGUUGUGUCUCAAUUGAUCUGUCGCACACUGUAACAGACAUCUCUGGAACAGGCGUCUCAGAGAUGCCAGGGAGACACAAGGGUAGCCCCAUUCUGAUUCUGCUAGGGAGAGGAGAGUAGGCUUAAUUCUGGAAGAGGGCUGUGGAGCUCCUGACAAGAUUCCAGGAGUGCAGCAGCCUCUCGGCUCAGCCCUGUGGUCACUGAGGCUGUGCUUACACAGGAUCUUGGUUUCCUGUGCCUUGGCACCCUCAUCUCUAACAGGAAUAGUUUUAGUGUGGCUAUGAUGACAUUUAAAAAGGGGAGGAAUGGGCUGAAGAGAUGGCUCAGCAGUUAAGAGCACUGACUGCUCUUCCAGAGGUCCUGAGUUCAAAUCCCAGCAACCACAUGGUGGC